UCUUUUGAUAUUUUAUAGCUUAAAUAAUAAAUUAAUUAAUCAGGAUAAUAUUCUAAAGAUGAAAUGACAAUGGAAAUAAUCAGUAGCUGCAGCUUAAUGUGCUACAGCAUACAACAAAUACAUAUCAGGAGAAAAUUAAGAAAUAACAACCACAAAAUGACCUAUGCUGGCUGUCACCUUGGUGUACUGUUGGAUCAGAUAUGUCUGUGCCCGGGUCCGGGUCUCCGGUAUUUAUCUCCUCGGUCAGCGGGAAUGGGAGGGAUUGUGUGAUCCAGCAGGGUCACGUGUUCCGCCCUCAUCCCCAGUGAACACAGCGCUCACCUCGGGCUACAAAGACAGCGGCGGCGCGGUGCUCCACGCAGUCCUCCCUGUCGGAGCGGAGCGACUGUUUUCUUUUCUUUUUUUUUAACGUGUUGUUGCAGCGAAUAGAAAAGAAAAACACACACCUGGUGAAGGAUAUGCCUGCUUUAAGUCAGAUAUAAAUAAGAUAAAUAUGUUGAAGAAAGCUCCGUAGGGUCCGGUUUGUUUACUACAGAGUAACGGUUGUUCUAAUCCGGAUAAGCAACUCACCGAGGUCCGAGGAGGAAACACACUUUAGAGACACGAAAACGAAAUUCACACAAGUUUUAGUUUGACCAUUUCUUCUCGUUAAGUACUCGUGCACUAGUCUUAUUAACAGAAAUGGACCGAGGUGGCUGCCAAAUGAGCGGCGGUGGUGGUGGCGGCGAUGGGACCGACCAACCCGGCAUGAUCACGCUGGAGGACCUGGAGUCUUUCUCCGAGGAACAGCUGUCAGACUCGGGCAACGGCAGCCUCGAGGAAGAGGCAGAAACCAUGGAUGAAGGCGACGACCGACUGCUGCAUUACUGGCAGGAUGCGGCGAGGGGACACCAAGUGGAAGUUUCUGAGGAUAUGGCAGAGCCCAUUCAACAGCUAACCAGCAACAACCAAGGACGCAGUCAGAGAGAACACAUCCCGUUCACGCUCCUUUCACACAAAGAGAAGUGCGGGGAGCUGCUGUAUGAGAAACGCCAAUACGAAAAGGGCCACUGGGCUUGUAUUACACUGCGUGAGGACACUUACGAACAGAGCAUCUGCUAUGGUUUUAUGAGGAUAAUGAGGUACAUCUGCCAGCAGAACUCCUUAGGUGAAUACCUGGGCAUGACGCUCCCCAUCAUCACAGUGGUGCGCACAGAUGAGAACCACUCCGUGAUGUCUCAUGAUGUCACUGUGGCGUAUUUCCUUCCAGCUGAGCAUCAGGCCCAGCCCCCACAGCCUGCUGACAGUGAGAUCAUCAUAGAGAUCUGGCCCCCCACUACUAUAUACGCAAGGGCCUUCACUGGUCCAACCAAUGAAGUGACCAUCAUCAAUCAGAUUAAUGCCAUGGCAGAGCUUCUAGAUGCUCCUGGACUGUGCAUCUUAGACUCCUUCAUCGUGGCCGGCUACACCAACCCCGCUCACAGGAACCGCCAGAAUGAGAUCUGGUUCCUGCAGCGACCUGAGUAACAAGCGGAUUAGGCAGCAUCCCAUCCCUUGAGCCACAUAAAGACUCCCUUAACACUGCCGCGGCCCAGCUACAGCCUUAGAUGCAACAUCCUUUUUAGUUACCACCUUUACCUUUACCCCUCACUUAACACUCAGUGAAUUUUCAUUUACACAAGUUCUCAUUUCACCAUUAAGAACUGAACUAAACCGGUGCCACACAACUUAGCAUUUAUCUCCUGCUCUUACAUUGAGUGCACUCUUGUGAACACGGUGACCCUUGCGUGCUGUCAACAACAACCUUACACAGCAGAAGUAGGUUCCUAGUAGACAUGCAGCCUUAUCUAUAUGCUAUGUUUCUGUUAGUUGCACAGCUACAAUGUCCUGCCAUGUGGGGUAAAGGUCAAUGCACAACAGAGGUGCUGAGGUGAUUGCAGCUCUCAUCGUUGAUCCGUUCUUUCUUAAUCUCUGCACUGCAUACAGGAAUUCAUUCCAGGUUACGUCACACUGCAAAAACAACCAUUUUCAAGUGCAAUGUUUACCAGAUAAUCAAUAAUCAACAUGCCAGUUAUUACAGCUACGAGGUCACUAUGCUAACCCAGUCUAAGGGUGUGUUCAGGAGGAUGCAAUGGUGGGUCCACACGUGCAGCACAACCCGAUAAGACUACAUCCAGACCAGAACUUGUGGUUUAAACCAUAAAUAAGCUCAAUAGCUGACACUAAACGUAGAAAAUAACCACCAAUGACCAUAAUAUGUUCAUUGGAGUUUGUGUGUGAAUGUACCGUACCGCUUCUUAGAGAUAGUAAAAACAAAUGUCACAUGUCUCCAAACCAAACACUGAAAAAGAGUUUUAAUGCUGAAUGACAAUCAUGAAGUAUUUAUAUUCAGUAUUAUCCUUUUGUCUUAAGGCAUGUCGAUGCAAUGUCAUGUUUAUGUCCUCAGAAAUAGUUACCUCUAUACCUCUCUCUACUUGCUACUGUGUCUGUGUCAGUGUUAGUGUGUAUUCACUCAAAUAUUCAAAUAUUACUGCUGCUAAGUAGAGACGAUACAACAGGAAAAGACACAGAGCACAGAGUAGAUCUCUACACUGUGACUAAAUAGGAAAAUAUAUAUAUUUUGUUCAACUUAAAACUGCUUAAUGUUCUAUCAUCAAUCUAUUGAGAGUCUAUAAAGUUGAGUCAGAGUGAAAGAAAUAUGUAUGUUUAGUGUCAUUAUAUUAUAUGCAACAUAUGCAAUGUGAUGUACAUCAAACCAGCUACAGCUAGUGCAGUAAUGUAGGAAUGUUUCUUCUUUUUAAAAAAAAAGUACAUUUAGUGCUUGGGUAGCAGUGAAAUAAAACUGGCAACACACUAGCUAAAUCAUCACUGUGUGAAGAUUUCAGGACAGGGACACUGUAAAUGAUUAGACGUGCAGUUGUUAUUGAGGCCUAUUACAUGUCUGUAAAACUAACAGUGACUUAGUUAGUUCAUUUUAAAAAUGUAAAACAAAGUCAUCGACAGUUAAGGAGGUUAUUGGGUUGGGAAGGUUGCAUCAAGACACCAGAUCCAAAGAAUUUAUUUAUCAUUAAAUGAUUGUAGAGUCGACAGCCAUAGUGCGUAAACACUUGCAAAGCCAUGAUACGUACAUGUUGGUUGGCCCUUUAAGAGCCUGGUUAUGUGGGAACAUCAAGUGUGAGGAUUCAACUUUUUUUCCUUUGCUUAUUUUUUUCUAAGUGUUUUGCAAAUGUAUGCUGUACUGUGAAAAUUCAAGUGCAUCAACAAGAGCUACUGUGGUUUCCUUUGUUCAAUAAAUAUGUGCUUGUCUCCUG